CUUCGCACGCUCAUGUUGAGAAUUUGAAGUCAACAAUUCAUCCUACAUCCAAUCCAACCACAUGGUCAUUGUGAUACUUUUUUUUUCUAUAAGUGCAACUAAACUAGUGCAACAUAAAUUUAUCUAAGUGAAAUGGGAAAACUGCGAUGUCCGCGUUGGUGCAACUGCAUCCCUUGCUUUCGCGCAAAAUUUACCCCCAAUCAUGACACCGCGUUGCAACCUUUACCGAAACCGAAAGAAGCAGAUGAAACAGACGGAGUGCCAUUUAUCGACUCCAAAGAAGAAUUGGACAUUUUAAUAAUACGAAAAAUUGACCCGUGCAUUAUCAUCAAUGGAAUUUCUCAUCACACAUCAAAAUUUGAACUAAUGAACCGUCAAUUUGAACCUCAACUUGUCGUGAGGAGAGGUCAAAGUUUCAGGCUUGAUAUAACUCUCAACCGGCCUUACAAGGAGGAGAAAGAUGGGAUUUCGUUCAUUUUUACAGUUGAUGAUCAGGAGAAACCAAAUUAUGGUCAGGGCACUUUGGUUGCUGUUCCUCUUCUUAAACGGCCAGAUCGCCACUUGAACUGGAAUGUAGUUCUCGAAAACGCUGUAGAAAACACAAUUACGGUCCAAAUUACUACAGCACCAGAUGCAGUAGUGGCAAAAUGGCACAUGGAAGUCGAUACCAAAAUCAUCAAUAACAGUGCUUAUAGUUACAGCUGGGACACAGGGAUUUAUCUCCUGUUCAAUCCCUGGUGCAAACAAGACCAGGUCUAUAUGAAAUCGGAGGAUUGGCGAGAUGAGACAGUGCUUAACGAUGUUGGGAUUAUUUGGAGAGGGACAGCAAACCGGAUGCGACCCGUUGUGUGGAAAUAUGACCAAUUCGAGAAAGAUAUUCUCGAAUGCUCACUUUACUUGAUUCGAAUCGUUGGUAAAGUCAAGUGUGGGUACAGAUCCGAUCCUGUCAGGACUGCGAGAGCUUUAGCAGCUGCUGUUAACUCAGCUGAUGACUUGGGGGCAGUCAUGGGGAACUGGUCGGAGGAUCACAGUGGAGGGACUCCUCCCACCAAAUGGAUCGGAAGCAAAGAAAUUCUACAGAAAUACUACAAGAAGAAAAGACCUGUUAAAUACGGCCAGUGUUGGGUUUUUUCAGGAGUUCUUGCCACAAUUUGUCGAGCUAUUGGAAUUCCUGCUCGCACCGUCACUAACUACUCCUCAGCUCACGACACUCAAAGCUCUCUUACAGUGGAUUAUUUCACCGACGAAAAAGGUUCAGUAAUGGAGGAGUUGAACUCGGAUUCGAUUUGGAACUUCCAUGUUUGGAACGAAGUUUGGAUGCAGAGGCCUGAUUUAGGACGAGAUUACGCAGGUUGGCAGGCCAUUGAUGCCACUCCUCAAGAAUUAAGCGAGGAUAUGUACAGAGUAGGCCCCACUUCUGUCUUUGCUGUCAAACAAGGAGAGGUUUUAAGGCCCUAUGAUGGGGCCUUUCUGUACGCUGAAGUCAAUGCUGAUAAGGUGUUUUGGAGAUACGCUGGUCCCACACAACCGUUGAAACUUCUACGUAAAGACGUCCAUGGAGUUGGAAAGCAAAUCAGUACUAAAGCUCCAGGGAGAUUCGAACGAGAAGAUAUCACAAGCUUUUAUAAGUAUCCGGAAAAAUCCCCGGAAGAACGAAAUACAAUGUUGAAAGCUUUGCGUCAGUCAGAAAACUUGUUUUCGCGUUAUUAUUUAAACGAGGAUUUCAACGACAUUCACUUUAAUUUCGAACUAAGGGACGAUAUUAAAAUCGGGCAACCGUUUGAUGUUGCUUUAGUCAUGAAAAACAAGAACAAAAUUACGGAUUACAAAGUGAAAAUUAUUUUGCGUGUCGAAGUUGUGACUUAUCGAGGCAAGGUCGGGGAAAAUGUGAAAAAAGAAGACUUUGAUGUAACAGUUAAAUCAGACUCGACUUGCGAAGUUAAAAUGAAUGUGACUUAUAACGAGUACGCAAAACGCGUUGUUGAUCAAUGUUCUUUUAUAAUUUCUUGUUUGGCUACGGUUGAGGAUACCAAAUUUGAAUACUAUGCUCAGGAUGAUUUCAGAGUGCGCAAACCUGACAUUAAGAUUGUUUUACAUGAUAAACCAAUCGAAAAUAAAGAAAUCACUGCCGAUAUUUUUGUAGAAAAUCCUUUGCCGGUACCGUACAAAAAGGGUGAGUUUACGAUUGAAGGGCCCGGUAUCGAGAAGAAUCUUAAGGUCAAAGUCAAAAACAAUGUUCCUCCUGGGGAAACGGCUAAAGCACAGUUCAAGUUUACACCACCCAGAACUGGGCGUCACACAAUUGCUGCCAAAUUUGUGUCGAAAGAAAUUGAUGAUGUUGAUGGGUAUCUGGUGAUCAUGGUUGAGCCCAGCAAGGAAGAAAAUGGAAGUAGGCUUUAACUAUUUUAUUAUUAGAUUAACUUAAGUAUGAGAGACUUGCAAAUUAAAAAUUUAUACAUAAGAGAAAUAUAUUAACAUUUAUAUUUAUAUAAACAUAGCUUUACAAUUCAAGAAGUAGAUUUUUACUAAUAUGUUAUACUUCUUUAUGUGCUAAACCAGUAUUUAUAAAUGCAUUUAUUAUAUCUAAGUAUUUUGUAUGGAGUGUGAGCUUUAGGACGUACAAAAUUAUUGUCCAUUGUAACCAAAGAAAUGUUUUAAUAUUUAUUUUUUAACAGUGUUAGUGUACCAAUAUUUUGUCAUUGUUCUAUAAGUGUAAAAUAGUACAGAUGUAUAUGUAUAAGUUUUUGAAUUAUAAAACUUUACACAUUAAAAUGCAAAGCUUUUUAAUAAA